CAUUUCCCCCCAAGAUGGUGCUUGAGAGUCACAAGUCCGCAUUCGUGACUUGUUGGAUGACAGCCAGGACGAUCAGUCACGAGUACAAUGUGAAUCACGAAUGCAGGGAGACGUCUGGACCAGCACCGCCCCUUCUCGCUCUCACAGCAUCCUUUUCUUUGGCCCCACUUCACCGCGACUGUGCCUUCGAGUCGUCGUUCCCAUUCCUAUAAAAAGCAGCGCUUAUUUCUAGUCACGCCGAAUGUCGCAUGCGCCGCCGCCGAGCUUGACAGUGCGCCACAACAUUGCAUUUCCCCCCUGAUCCGCAUCCUACAAGCAUUCCAGUCUCGCCAUCAUGCCGUCCGCAGCGCCCAAUCCCACAGCCAUCCCAUCGGACCCGGUGCGAGGAGCCCAUGGCGAGGUUCAAGAGACGCCUCAGGCGAUCAAGGACCAGAUUCGAGGAUCUAGCAAUACGCUCGAAGCUGUUGGUCCUGCUUCAAAGGCUUCCAGCAGCAAAGAUGGACAUCAAAGUCCCAAUACGCUACUGAACAAUGGGCCGAGGACAGGAGCUGAUUCGCCCGAGGUCGGCAAAGAAGGGGCUGAUAGCGGGCCAGUGCAGGAGCCUGGGCAAGCGGUGGGAAGAGGCGGUGCAGGCAAUCUCACCAGGAGGAUGACGAGAUUACUCAACCAGCAGAUCUCCCACGAUGCUGCAUCCGUCCCACUCGCUUGGAUGGCAUUGCUGACCGGAAUGGUGGAUGCGCUAGUGUACAGUAGGAGCCAGGUCUGGACAGGCUUCCAGACAGGAAAUAUGGUGCAAUUCUCUCAAAACAUCGCCCAGUGGAUGCUGCCUCAAGCAGAAAAGUUUCCUCUCCUGACGCUCGAGCGAGUGCUGUCCAUCCUUUCCUUCCUGCUGGGCUCAUUUCUGGGCGCAUUGGGCGGCCGACGCUUCGGGGACAGGAGGCGCGCUUGGCAAGUGACCACUGCGCUGAUUCAGUCCAUCUCCCUGUGGGGUGCAGCAGGCAUUCUGCUCUCGCGUCCGGAAGACGAAGCGCCCUCAUUCAGGUACUAUCCCGGUGUGAUAGUCUUGACAGCCUUUAGCAUGGGUCUGCAAUCCAUCUCUGCUCAAAAGCUCGUCAGCCCAGCAUUUGCGACCACAGUGGCCUUUACAGCCACCCUGACCCAAAUAGCCAGCGAUCCCUACCUCUUUGCCCUCACCCUCUCACCGUUCGAAGCGCAUAGACAGCGCGCCAAGAACGAUCCCGGAUCAGCUUCCGCCAACGGGGCAUCCUCAGGAGCGCCAAAGGCACCAGCUACAACGGGUCGAGAUCGACGAUUGCUGGCCAUCUUUGCCCUCUGCACUGGAGCGGGCGUCGCAGAGAUGCUGCUGUACUCCGAUGCAGGCCUUAGGGGGGGCAUGGCCAUCGCCGCCGGCUUCAAGCUGGUUCUCGCUGCACUGUGGCUCAUUCCGCAGGGGCAAGAUCCAAAGCCAAAGGCCGAGGUCGGUGGAGCUUAGCAUACAAAGCAGGAGACGGGUCUCACGAGCCAUGUGGCGCGCGUCUCGCCCUGUCCUAAACAUGGCGGAGACUACGAGACCGACUUGCAUACCUUGAUUCACUGCAAGCGACGUGUCGCCCAUAUGCUACUUGAUAACCAAUAGAAGUCACAGGAAUAGAUGGUUUGCAU